AUGGGUGCUAGAAAGCGGAUAAAAUCAAGAUUACCGAACUCGUUAAAAAGUGUCGAGGAGAAAAAGAGAUUAGCUAACGCCCAAGAAAAGUUGCGAAAAAUUCCAAACAUAGAAAAGACAAUCAACGAUUUCUGCAACUUCGUGGACGAACUAGCAGAGCUUCCAAAUACCAAUGCUUUAGAAAAUCCAGAAUCUGACGAGGAGUCAGAAAUUGAGGAAAAUGACGAGGAGAUGGAGGAAGCAGAUGAAAAUAAGGAAGAUAGUGGAGACUUCACAAACUCUACAAUUAGAGGCAAUGGCGAUGGAACAUCUACCUAA